GAGAGAGAGAGAGAGAGAGAGAGAGAGAGAGAGAGAGAGAGAGAGAGAGAGAUUCUUCUCUCUUGGAGACAAGUACUCGCCUUCGGACAUUACAUGUGUCUUUUGUUCUACGGGUAGAAUCCUUCGCGGUAGUAUCUGACGAUUACCGGGCAAAUCGAACCAGUCCGUCUCUACCUGUCUUUCAUAAUUCGUAUUCUCAGAGUCAUCGGGAUAAUCGUUAUACUACAUAGUAGACGGAGAAAGCAGGAUAAGUGUCAUGAAGAGAUCGCGAACUGCAUUCGUCAUACUGCGGUCUUGCCCUACGAUGUGUCGUGCGGAGGACGAUCUACGAUCGUUGCGUGAACAUCGGUGCAGACGAUACAGGCACGAACAUCGAGGCGCUCGGUGCUACCACCACCACCAGCACCACUAUCACCACCACCACGGAGGCAAACGUGACACACGUAAAAAAGAGAAAGAAGAAAGGGGGAGGCGUGGAGUACCAUGAACGCCAACGCGAACGAUCUUCCGGUGUGGCGGUGCAUGUCGUGCAUCGCGUGACUCGUCGCCGGUAGGCUCGAUAGGCGCACACAAUAGUGUAGGAUCUACGCCGUCACCAACCACCUUCUCUCUCCAUCCUCCUCCAUCCCUGAAAUACAUAGUACACCGCGGCGGCCGCCUCCAGCACCACUAUUACCACACCAACACAUUAUCACUACUACCAUCAUCACCGUCACUAUCACUAUCACCACCACCACCACCACCACCACCACCACC